AUGGCAACUCCAAGCAGCAUAUUUCAUGCAGCUCGGACUGCUGACAAUCCCUUUGCGUGGGACGUUCCAGAUGCGAAUGGGAUGUUUCCACCCUCUCCCUAUGAUGAGUUGGCGGUCCUGAACUGGUACACAUCCAUUCAUUAUGCCGUGACCAUAAGCGUUGGGGCAAUUUUGGUGCCCUCCAUGAUCUAUAUGGUUCUGUUUCAUACAACUGGCGCAUUAUUGCCCUACAAGAAGCUACUCCUCGUUUGUUCCACGUCAGACUUUUUCUUUUGGCUGUUAGACAGCUGCGGACAGUUGGUACGUCUUUUCAACGAUGAAGUAGAUUAUUUUAGCCUCUGUAGAAAGUCAGAACGAUCGACGGCGUUUUGGUGGGGACAGUCGCUGGUCCUGCUAAGCUGUUGCCUCGUUGGGGCCAGUUUAUAGCCGCCUCGCUGGGCGUGACUUUGGUUUGCUUCACCAAUGCGACACUUCCUGCCCAGUCGUUCUAUCGCUACUACGCGUUGACCAGGUGAGGAAACACUUUGGUGCAAAUUGGGCUCUAAGCUAAUGAGGGGCAUGCGCAAGACGCUUCAUCAAAAUUUUAGCGUUGAACAUUUAAUCUCAGCAUUAUAGAGGGAAGACUUGCGACAAGUUAAAAACGACUUUGAUUUUGGCCUUUCCAUUUGUCGUGAACAUUGCUCCGUUUGCCUUGCUCUCUAUCAGUUUCUUUGAGUCUCCGAAAGUCCAGCCCGGCUUCAAUUACGGCACUGUUUGGUUCAAGGAAUAUCCAAUACCACUACUACUCAUACUCGAUUCCGUAAGUCUCACAUGCCGCUUUCAAUGUUCCAAUUAUCAAACUGUCGCAAUCAAUUUUUUAUUUGUCAAUGUGAUGUCUAUUUUUUAGCGCUCCUCCUGGGACAGGGCGUUUAUUGCGACCGCCAGUCUUCUGAUUUCGUUGGGCUACCUAGGCACUGUGUACUUCAGCUACAGGACGUGGAGACAACUCUGCGUUUACGCCGACAAAUACUCGCCAAAGAAAGGUACUGCAAGCCCAGUUGGCUCGGUUCCUGUUCUUUCAGGUAAGAAUAGUUUGUGUGAAAUUGUCUCCACAUGUUGGUGAUAGUGCCAAAUUUGAAUAAUGGAUUUGGCUAUGAAAGCCACGAGAAUACACUUUUGUCUCAUUCUUUUCUUGUCUUUGGCGAAUAAACUCUCUUUUUUGACCGGUCGAUCUCGUCUCCAGACUAACCAAUCUGCUCCUUGCCGUAUCUUCUCGUGUACCACACCCGAGCGACUGUCAUAUUCUUUGCGACUCUAAGCUACAUAUUAUUUAGGUGGUGAUCCAGCUGACCACAUCGAUUGUCCCGGCUUCCCUUCUUGCAGCAAGCGCACUACUUCGUAUAGACGGAGGAAUUGCGACAACUGUUUCCGUCACCUUGGCCAGCUGGAUCCCCAUUCUAAACUCGCUUCUAACAAUCACUGCUAUUGUGCCUUAUCGUCGAGUGCUCAAGGGAUGGCUAUGUCAUGUGUUACAUAA